AUUCGUAGCAUCUGUCGGGACUAGAGUGCAUGGGUUGGCCUGUUGGUUUAAUGGGAGCUCUGUGCAAAGAUGGCUUACCACUGCCCCUGGUGCUCCUACAACCCACUGGCACCAGAUACGAUGUGUUCUUUCUCAGCCAAUUUACGUAAUGGCCGGGCAAGAAAUUACAGGCCGACUUCACAUGAUUGCUCAUAACGCUCAAAGUUAUACCAUAUAUCUAACAAUGUCAGCUAAAAUGUGGGGCCCUGGGGUUGAACAAGGAGGAAUUCUUCAGACCUCAUCAUGCAAACUCGACCUCAAGGAGCCUUACUACAGAAUGUCACAGCCCCAACCCUACACGAUGGUGCAAGACCAGCGACCGCAUCAGCUACUACAAGCUCAGGAUAUACUGAUCCACAGCGAGGACUUGGAGGAACCUGAGUUGCUGCAGCAGCCAUUAGAAAAUUCAGGAGCUCAACUCCAGUAAGUGAUGAAAAAAUAGUUGAACUUAAGGCAACAAAGAUUCUA